AUGGCUUCUUCAGAGUCUCCUUCCGUUCGGAUUUCUAAGAUCGCUGGGCGAUAUCUUGUUUUCGACUCGGAAGCUGCUGGUUUCUUGCGGCGGAGCGAGAACAUCAAUGGCACUCUCACUGGAACGGCGCCUCAGCAGCCAACUCAAAAUAUCUUCCUUGGGCUACCCAUCGAACUCCGCCCGGAGGAGGCUGAAGCGCUGUUGCGAAAGAAGGUGGCUUAUUUAGUAGACGACGUAGCUGCACACCAGGCUGUGCUGCAGAAUCCCAACACCGAGGCAAGGAGGCUGUAUCUCGAUUCGUUUAAAACACGAAAGCAGACAGCCCAGCAUGUUUUUGCUGAGAAGGAUGCCAAAAGAGCUGCCGAAGUGGCAGAAAAGCACGGCAAGACUAGCCGCCAAGCACCUCCCAGCAAUACUGACGAGGAUGCAAUCUUUGCAAGUGACAAGCCUGAACCAACUUCACGUCAACAGGAAUCUGCUAUCAGAUCUCUGAGUGUUACCCCUGCGUCUAGUGGGCCUUUAAUCUCACCCGAGGCCGAAUGGGUACACCAGGCUGCUAACCCUACACAAGGCCCUUUGUGUGGCUUUCUCCUAACGUCUGGCUAUUAUAUGACUCCUGGUCUGCGUUUCGGUGCCAAGUACAGCGUCUACCCUGGUGACCCUCUCCGAUUUCACGCUCAUUUUAUGGCAAAUCAAUAUGAUUGGGAUGAAGAGAUCCCUAUCUUGGACAUCGUAGCAGGGGGGCGUCUUGCUACCGCCGUGAAGAAAGCGUACCUUAUCGGAGGGCAGCAGCCACAGACAGACGAGUCGGUUGACGAUGGAAGGAUGAGAACCUUCAGUAUUGAAUGGGCUGCUAUGUAA